UUGGUAUAAAACCGAAUAAACCGAAAACCGACGGUAUAUAAACCGAACCGAACCGAAGUAAAUAUGGAUUUAGAAUGGUAGUUAUAUUUUACUAACCGAAAUACCGAAAACCGAAAAAAACCGAACCGAAACCGAACCGAUAUCCGGAUUGAACACCCCUACUUGUAACGUAUGAACAUGGACAUUUAUUUAACAUAUCGUUUGCGGACAAAAAAGGAAAUUUAGCAUUUUAUAAAUGCAUGAAAAAGGACAAAUGCAACGAUAAAAGCAUGAAGUAGCCAUUGUGCUGGGUAUAAGAAGAAGCUUAAUUCAUCGUUCCUUCUUCGAAAACCUCACAGAAUCGCAAAAAGAAAAAGAAAAAACGAUAAUGUCGAGUUUCAGAUAUCUUUCUAGUAAAGACGCUUCAGCUGUGGAGGAUCUUCUUUCACAGGCCAAGGAUCUCUACGACCUUGAGCAAGUCGCCGCCAUCAACCUUGCUGGCUUCACCGAUUCUGCUCUUCCCACUGAUCUUGAAACCCGUUUCCGCCGUCUCAAAUCUCUCCCGGUUUCUCGACAACCCGACCCGGUUUCUCGACAACCCAACCCGGUUUCAUCGUCCAAGAAGCUUCUCUUCCACUCCAAGAGCAUGGCCGAGAAGAAUCACGUAAACGCGUUUUCUGCUUCUGCUUUUUCCGUUGAUGAGAAAAGGAACUUCUCCGGAAGAAUCAAACAUGUGCAUUCUCGUCCGUUGGUUUCAUCUGUUGACGGAACUCGGGUUUUCUCGGGAAGUAUCAAACGCGACCAGAGUGUAAAAUCUCGAGAUGGUAAGGUUUUGUCGCCGCCAACAACAACAGCACAAGCAGUGAAGCUACUUUCUAAAGAGAAAUCAAGAACUAGCUCAGCGUCGUCUGCCUCUAUUGAUUUAAUGUCGCCAUCAUCGUCCGAACCAGACCAAGAAAAACGGUCAAACAGGAAACCAAAGUCCAAGUUGUUAGUUUCGUGGUUUGACAAGUUAGCACCAUCAAGAGCCAUGGGUUGCUUAUUUUCUCCAAGCAUAGCGUCAUCAUCAAACAACAAAAAACACAAGAACAGCAGCAAACCGUAUGAUCCCUGAGUAGAAUUGACUGCUGAUAAAUCAUACUUGUUAAAUAGUCGGAGCUCUAUGGGCUUUUUUAUAUAUUAGUUUUGGUUUGUUGAUUUUGAAAUAAA